GCGAUGCUGCCUUCGUCACGCAGCCGAGCGGUGCCGAGAGGCGCCGAACAGGGCCGAACGUUACCGAGAGACGCCGAACCGGGCCGAACGUCACCGAGCGAUACCGAGAGACGCCGAACCGGGCCGAAGGUCACCGAGCGGUGCCGAGAGGAGCCGAACUGGGCCGAAGGUCACCGAUCGGCGCCGAAGCGAUCCGAAUGCAUCGGGCGGCAGGAUGGGUGCUGCGCGGGGUGCGGAACCCCCCAAAAACGCGUUCGCGUUCGGGCACAGCGCGGAGCCCCCCCCGGGGUCUGGUGUAUGGGCAGCACGGGGAGCCCUCGGCGGUGGUGCAACUAAAGGACCUCGAGGAAGCCAAGCUGGGGGGCUCUGAUGUCCAUGUCAAGAUGUUGGCAGCCCCCAUUAAUCCUGCUGACAUCAACGUGAUCCAAGGCACCUAUCCCAUCCUCUCCCCACUUCCAGCUGUGGGAGGGAAUGAAGGGGUCGGGGAGGUGCUGGAGGUUGGGCAGCACGUGGUGGCUCUGAAACCUGGGGACUGGGUCAUCCCGGCGAGCACCGGCCUCGGGACCUGGAGGACUCGGGGAGUGUUUCCUGAGGAGAUGCUGCUGAAAGUGCCCAGGGACAUCCCAGUGCUGUGUGCUGCCACCCUGAGUGUCAACCCCUGCACGGCGUUCCGCAUGCUGAGCGACUUCGAGAGCCUGGCCCCAGGUGACUCCAUCAUCCAGAACGCAGCCAACAGCGGCGUGGGCCAGGCUGUCAUCCAGAUUGCCAAAGCCUCUGGCAUCAAGACCAUCAACGUGGUGAGGGACAGACCUGAUCUCCCAAAGCUGGUGGAGACGCUGAUGGCCUUGGGUGCAGACCACGUCAUCACAGAGGAGAUGCUGAGAAAGCCAGAGAUGAAAGAUUUAUUUAAGAGCAUCCCAAAGCCUCGGCUUGCCCUGAACUGCGUCGGAGGCAAAAGCACAACGGAGAUGCUGAGGCACCUGCAGCCCAAAGGGACCAUGGUCACCUAUGGGGGGAUGGCAAAGCAGCCUGUGAUGGUGCCUGUGAGUGCCUUCAUCUUCCGGGACGUGAGGCUCCGGGGGUUCUGGAUGACCCAGUGGAGGAAGGACCAUGCACAGGACCCAGCAGCCCUGACCAGCAUGAUGGACUCCCUGUGCCAGCUGAUCCGCAGAGGGCAGCUCACUGCUCCAGCCUGCACUGAGGUUCCUCUCCAGGAUUAUCAGGCAGCCCUGGAAGCUGCCAUGAAGCCCUUCAUCUCCUCCAAGCAGAUCCUCCUCCUCUGACCAGCAGCUCCUGCCUGGCAAUGGGCUCAGCCCUGAGCUGCUCUACCACGGCCAAGCUCUCCCUCGCUGCUGUUUCUGCAGAUGGGAGAUGCUUAGAGAGGGGGGGGAGGUAAAAAAAACUCCAGAGAGUUAAUUUUAAAUUUUUUUUUUUUUUUUUAAAACCUUUGGGUGUCCACUGAAGGGUUUGCAAGCCCCUGCAGGGAUGGCAGUGUGUGAAAUUGCUUCUGGAGGGAGGCUGCCCUCGUGCUUUAGCUGGGGUGAGUUUGGGUGCAAGGUUUUGUGUCUGGGGGGAGCUGCACCACCUCCUCCUGCCUGGCUUAGCAGCUCCCAGUGUUGUUCUGCUGCCUGCUGCCCCUCCAGGUGAUUUUUGGCUGCUUGUAGGUUGUCUGCAGAGCAGCACAGGGCUGGUCACUGCCCUCCCAGCCAGCACAAACCUCCUGCAGCCUGAGCCACCUCCCUGUCCCCUCCUCCAUGUUCAGCAGCCAAGUGCACAGGUUGGGACAAUCCCCACAUUGCACUGCAAAGAAUCAAAUGUAAUUUUUUUUCUAUUAUUUUUUUUUUCAUUUUUCCCUCCCCAGCCCGUGCAGUGCUGGGAGGAGGACAGGGACAGGGGACACCUGUGCAGGCUGGGGGACAAAGGUACAAAGGGAUUUUCUAGCCCUUGGCAUCACUCCAUCUCAAAAAUGAGUUUAAACAGCAAAAAAACAAAAAAAGCCAAGUUACCAAGGGCCACACCAGCAGGAGCUGUAAGACACCACAGGUGUCAUUGUCCCCUUGGGGACAGCUCUGGGGUGGUGGCAUUGGAGGUGGGGACAGGAGGCACCAGCCUGGGGGCAGAGCAGGGGGUGCUUAUUGCAAUACCUGAAUUGAAUACUUGAACUCAGUUCUGCUGCUGUUCCUGCUGCCACUGCUGAUUGUGAUGAGAACCUCUUGGAAAUCAAUGUUUAAUACACACACAGUUAUUUUUUUAAGAUGUGCCAACA